AUGGCCGUGGCAGUCCCGCCCAAGGUUUCUAUAGCAGCGCCGCAGCACCCGACGUACAACGUCAAGCAGGUCAUCAAGGCGGCACUUGACGAGGAUGCAGGGGACAGGGGUGACGUCACCACACAGGCCACCAUAAGCGAGGCCACUCAGGCGACAGCCACCUUCCUGGCUAAGGCGGAUGGCACCCUGGCGGGUGUGGCUGUGGCUGACAUGGUGUUCGGUUUGGUGGACCCCUCCCUGAAGGCAGAGUGGAGCAAACAAGACGGCGAUCGCGUGCGGCGGGGCGAGGAGUUUGGCAUCUUGAAAGGGUCGGCCCGCAGCAUUCUGGUUGCGGAGCGGAUCGCCUUGAACUUCAUGCAGCGCAUGUCUGGCAUUGCCACGGCCACCAGCGCCAUGGUAUCAGCAGUGGAGGGCACCGGCACCAGGAUCCUGGAGACCCGGAAGACCGCGCCGGGCCUGCGGCUGCUGGACAAGUGGGCCGUGCUGCUGGGCGGCGGCGCCAACCACCGCAUGGGGCUGUACGACAUGAUGAUGAUAAAGGACAACCACAUCGCGGCGGCUGGCGGCAUCAGGCGCGCGGUGGAGCGCGCGGAGGCGUUCAUUAGUGAACAGGGGCUGCCAGAUCUGCAGGUGGAGCUCGAGACGCGCACCCUGGAGGAGGUCGACCUGGCGCUCGAGAUUUUGGGCAGCGGCGCGGCGCCCCAUGUGUCGCGGAUCAUGCUUGACAACAUGGCACGCCGCGACACGUCUAAGCCCGGCGGCGUGGACGUUUCGAUGCUCCGGGCCGCCAUGGCGCGCGUCUCCGCGCACAACGCCGCCGCGGCCGCCGCGGGCCGGCGGGCGGUGGAGACGGAGGCGUCGGGCAACGUGACGCUCGAGAGCGUGCGGGCGUUUGCAGAGGCGGGGGUGGAUUUUGUGUCGGUGGGGGCACUGACGCACAGCGUGACUGCGCUGGACAUUUCCCUGAAUAUCGAGACGCAACAGUAG